AUGGAUAGAUGCAAAUACUCUGAGGCGCAGAGGCUGCUGGCGCACCGGAGACCGCAGAAAUCCUUCUUUGAGACGCUCAUCAGGGGCCUGAUCAUCUUGUGCGUGGCGAUAGCGGUGGUCUUGUCAUCUAUCUCCGUCUGCGAUGGCCGCUGGCUCUUUGCGAGGGGGCAGCUCUUCGGACUGUGGCACUUCUGCACCCUCAGCAACGGCAGCGUCCUGAAAUGCGUCACCGACCUCAGCCUGGCCAGGGUGGAGGGGCUGAGCGUGGGGGUGAUUCCCAUAAGAAGCAUGGUGUCCUUCGCCGUCGUGGUCGCCAUAUUCGGCCUGGAGCUGCUGAUGGUGUCCCAGGUCUGCGAGGAUGCCAACGCGAGGCGGAAGUGGUCGAUGGGCUCCGUUCUCAUCCUCUGCUCGUUUUUGCUGUCGGCCACCGGGGUUCUGAGCUUCUCCAUCCUCGUGAAGGAUCACCUCACCUUCACGGGCUUCACGCUGACGUACUGGUGCGAGUUCAUCGCCGCCUUUCUCUUCUUCCUUAACGGGAUCAGCGGACUUCACAUCAACAGCCUCACGCACCCGAGGAACAGGGUAGGCAAAAUCUAGGUGCGAAGGGUGUACCUCCACCUUUGUGUAAUCAGCUUUGACAAUUAGACUGGAAAAAAGGGAGUCUAACAAAGUUUGAGAAGGACGCCAUGUCUUAAAUUGUGUGCCAGGAGGGGAAGGAUGAGUCAGUCUUGAUUCCUGUAGAAGACGUACCCACCCACUGGUCAGCGUGGAGGGCUGCGCAACACGAGCAAAGCAGAGACUGGGACU